UCGCUCCUCCGUGCGUUCCCACUCCGGCCGGGGCUCUGGAAGAUGACUCCGGAGUCUACCCUGAGUAUUCGAGCGGCCGCGGCGGCUCGGGGAGGCAGCCUAAAGUAGUAUCACUCGGUAUUAGCUGCUGGUGGAAAAGUGAGCUGAGGCGGCGCGGACUCGGCUCUCCUCGCGCCCCUCAGCGCCCGCUGCUCCUCGCCGCUCCCUCCCUUCGGCUCCCCGGCGGCCGCAGCAUGAAGUGGCGCAGCGAUGGCCAGGAGAGGUAAGAAGCCCGUGGUGCGGACGCUGGAGGAUCUGACGCUGGACUCGGGUUAUGGUGGUGCGGCGGACUCGGUGCGCUCCUCCAACUUGUCCCUGUGCUGUUCCGACUCGCACCCGGCGUCCCCGUAUGGCGGGAGCUGCUGGCCGCCUCUAGCUGACUCCAUGCACAGCCGGCACAACAGCUUUGACACCGUCAACACUGCCCUGGUGGAAGACUCCGAGGGGCUGGACUGCGCCGGCCAGCACUGCUCGCGGCUGCUGCCGGACCUCGACGAGGUCCCCUGGACCCUCCAGGAGCUGGAGGCGCUGCUGCUGCGCUCGCGGGAGCCCCGGGCAGGCCCGGUGCUCCCCGGCGGCCUGCCCAAGGACGCGCUGGCCAAGCUGUCGAUGCUGGUGAGCCGGGCGCUGGUGCGUAUCGCCAAGGAGGCGCAGCGCCUGAGCUUGCGCUUCGCCAAGUGCACCAAGUACGAGAUCCAGAGCGCCAUGGAGAUCGUACUGUCCUGGGGCCUGGCGGCGCACUGCACGGCGGCCGCUUUGGCCGCGCUGUCCCUCUACAACAUGAGUAGCGCGGGCGGCGAUCGCCUGGGCCGCGGCAAGUCGGCGCGCUGCGGCCUCACCUUCUCGGUGGGCCGCGUGUACCGCUGGAUGGUGGACAGCCGCGUGGCGCUGCGCAUCCAUGAGCACGCCGCUAUCUACCUGACGGCCUGCAUGGAGAGCCUCUUCCGGGACAUCUACGCGCGGGUCGUGUCCUCCGGGCUGCCCCGGAGCUGCAGCGGCCCUGGCCUGGGCCCCGGCUCUGGCCCCGGCUCCGGCCCCGGCUCGGGCUGUGGUGCGGCUCCCGCGGCGGAGAAGGAGCGGGAGGCGCCCGGAGGGGGAGCGGCGAGCGGCGGCGCCUGCAGCGCAGCCAGCAGCGCCAGUGGGGGCAGCAGCUGUUGCGCCCCGCCGGCAGCCGCUGCCGUUGCCGCCACCGCGGCAGCUCCGCCGGCAGCUGCUGCCAACCACCACCAUCAUCACCACCACACUCUCCACGAGGCUCCCAAGUUCACCGUGGAGACGCUGGAGCACACGGUCAACAACGACUCAGAGAUCUGGGGGCUCCUGCAGCCUUACCAACACCUCAUCUGCGGAAAGAACGCCAGUGGGGUGCUCUGCCUGCCAGACAGCCUGAAUCUUCACCGAGAUCCGCAGAGGUCAAACAAGCCAGGGGAGCUGCCCAUGUUCAGCCAGUCGGAGUUGCGGACCAUCGAGCAGUCCUUGCUGGCCACCCGGGUGGGGAGCAUCGCAGAGCUGAGUGACCUGGUGUCCCGAGCAAUGCAUCACCUGCAGCCCCUCAACGCCAAGCACCACGGCAACGGCACCCCCCUGCAUCACAAGCAGGGGGCGCUCUACUGGGAGCCCGAGGCCCUGUACACCCUUUGCUACUUCAUGCACUGCCCGCAAAUGGAAUGGGAAAACCCCAACGUGGAGCCAUCCAAGGUCAACCUCCAGGUGGAAAGGCCCUUCCUCGUGCUGCCGCCGCUGAUGGAGUGGAUCCGGGUGGCCGUGGCGCACGCCGGCCACCGCCGCAGCUUCUCCAUGGACAGCGACGACGUCCGCCAGGCGGCCCGGCUGCUGCUGCCCGGCGUGGACUGCGAGCCGCGCCAGCUCAGGGCCGACGACUGCUUCUGCGCCUCUCGGAAGCUGGACGCAGUGGCCAUCGAAGCCAAGUUUAAGCAGGACCUGGGCUUCCGGAUGCUGAACUGUGGGCGGACGGACCUGGUGAAGCAGGCCGUGUCUCUGCUGGGGCCCGAUGGGAUCAACACCAUGAGCGAACAGGGCAUGACCCCCCUGAUGUACGCCUGUGUCCGUGGGGAUGAGGCAAUGGUUCAGAUGUUGCUGGAUGCUGGAGCCGACCUGAAUGUGGAGGUUGUCAGUACUCCUCAUAAAUAUCCAUCCGUCCACCCCGAGACCCGCCAUUGGACGGCUCUGACUUUUGCUGUGUUGCAUGGACAUAUUCCUGUAGUUCAGCUCCUGCUGGACGCUGGGGCCAAGGUGGAGGGCUCUGUGGAGCACGGUGAGGAGAACUACUCCGAAACGCCCCUCCAGCUCGCAGCCGCCGUGGGAAAUUUUGAACUGGUUAGUUUGCUGUUGGAGCGUGGCGCAGAUCCCCUGAUAGGAACCAUGUACAGGAAUGGAAUUUCUACAACCCCCCAGGGUGAUAUGAACUCUUUCAGCCAGGCCGCGGCCCAUGGACACAGGAAUGUGUUCCGCAAACUGCUCGCUCAGCCAGAGAAGGAGAAGAGUGAUAUCCUGUCCCUGGAGGAGAUUCUGGCCGAGGGGACUGACCUGGCGGAAACAGCCCCGCCCCCCCUGUGCGCCAGCCGCAACAGCAAGGCCAAGCUGAGGGCCCUGAGGGAGGCCAUGUAUCACAGUGCUGAGCAUGGAUACGUGGAUGUCACAAUUGACAUCAGGAGCAUAGGAGUUCCGUGGACGCUGCACACGUGGCUGGAGUCCCUGCGAAUUGCCUUCCAGCAGCACCGCAGACCUCUCAUCCAGUGCUUGUUAAAGGAGUUUAAGACCAUUCAGGAGGAGGAAUACACCGAGGAGCUCAUUACCCAAGGCCUGCCCCUGAUGUUUGAGAUCCUGAAAGCGAGCAAGAACGAGGUGAUCAGCCAGCUGCUGUGUGUCAUCUUCACCCACUGCUAUGGACCCUACCCCAUCCCCAAGCUCACGGAGAUCAAGCGGAAGCAGAGCUCGCGCCUGGAUCCUCAUUUUCUGAACAAUAAAGAGAUGUCUGAUGUUACCUUUCUGGUAGAAGGAAGACCUUUUUAUGCACACAAAGUGCUGUUAUUUACAGCCUCACCAAGGUUCAAAGCGCUCCUCUCCAGCAAGCCAACGAACGACAGCACCUGCAUAGAGAUCGGUUACGUGAAGUACCCCAUCUUCCAGCUGGUCAUGCAGUAUCUCUACUACGGUGGCCCAGAGUCACUUCUCAUUAAAAACAAUGAGAUAAUGGAGCUUCUGUCUGCCGCUAAGUUUUUCCAGCUGGAGGCCCUGCAGCGACACUGUGAGAUUAUCUGUGCAAAAAGCAUCAAUACCGACAACUGUGUGGAUAUUUACAACCACGCCAAGUUCCUUGGAGUCUCAGAGCUCUCGGCAUACUGUGAAGGCUACUUUCUCAAAAACAUGAUGGUCCUCAUCGAAAACGAAGCCUUCAAGCAGCUGCUAUACGACAAAAACGGCGAAGGGACGGGCCCGGAUGUGCUCCAGGACUUGCAGAGGACGUUGGCGAUCAGGAUUCAGUCCAUCCACUUGUCAUCUUCCAAAGGUUCUGUUGUAUGAAGCAUCCAGGGCAGGGGAUGCUUCCCAGGGACUUCCCAGCUCUGCGUUGCAAUUGGUGUCACACAAACAUGGACAUACAAAUUCCACCUGGCAUCUGUUUUUGGCUGGGCCAAGGAGCUGCCUCUACUGCCUCAGCGCCUCUUGAAUAAGCAAGUUCAGCUCCCAUGCUUUCCUGUUGAAAAGAGAGGACAUUCCACUGGUCUGCAGAUCGCAGCUGGAUCCAGAGCUUGAAAGUCAACACGUGGCAACCAAGCUAACACCAAGGGAAAGCACCCCUGGGGCCAUUGAACACUCCUUGCCGGGGACCACUGUCGAAAGAAUGCUUGGAGAACUAAAGGUUGCUUGGGUUCCAGGUUGUCAGUUGGAGGACUUAACUGUACCUGCCCUGAAGAGUCUUGCAUUACACGUUAAGGAACUUGAUAGCUGUAGUCCAGCAAGGUUCAACCAUGGUAGCAAAUUGGUGAGACUGUUACCAAUUAUGAGGAAAUAAUUUGGCAACUUUUUAGGGGUGGGUACUUUUUAAAAUGUUCAUAAAAACAAAAACAAAAACAGGGCAGCCUUGUAGUUUAAAAUAUAUUUCUAAAAGCUUAAUAGUUCAUUUUGAAUUGAAUCGUGUUUAGGGAUCUGUGUUUUGAGGUUAUAUUUUUCAUUUUCUAAAAAAAAAAAACAAGUAAACAUGCAUCUGACAAGAUACUGCUGAUAUUCUGUACAAGGUGGAAUAAUUUUGCCUUAGUGAUCAUGUUACACAAAAGAGGUGCACUGCCAAUAUUUAUCUCUGAUUCAGUAGACAAAAACAGCCUGCAUGCUAAUCGUGGUUUGGGGGUUAGAAUAAGACAACCCCACAUAACAAAACAUGCAUUUGCAUGGGCCCAACCCUGUGAAAUGUUAUGUUUGUGCUUCAUUUUUGCCAAGAUAAAAAUGUCCCAUCACUUCUUGAUAAAAUUCCAUUUGGUGAAACUAAUGCAUUCAUUUCCUUUCCUGAUUAAGAAUGAUUCUAGGACGCUUUUGCAGAAAUGUGUUCAUAGAUGAUGCUGAAUAGAGGGGGUGGGGGGGGAAGCACGUCAGAGAAUUUACUAUUAAUCCCAGAGCUUUUUCUGUGUUCUCAGAAGAUGUUAAUAGUUUGUUACUAGCCAGAGAGUAUGACUAUGUUAGAUUAUUUUUGAAAGACUAAACAUGUAUGAUAGGAUGGAUUCUUUCUGUAUUCCAAGAGUGUACAGUAUAGGGUUAUCUAUAAUGAAAGUUUAUAUUGACAGGGUUCCAUUUGCUCUGCCAUAUAUUAUAAGCAAAAGAGAUUGGUGAAGUGCCACAGUAUUCCCAAUAAUUUCUGAGUUCAUGCCUUUUCUCUUGUCCUUUAAUUUGAAACCUAGAUCCAUGCAGUAAAACCUAGGAGAAUGACUUUUACCCUUUGGGAUGACACAGUUUCAUUGAUAAACCUAUUUCCUAGCAUGCCUUUGGAAAGUUGUGCCCAGAUCCUAGAUUCUAGAGGAGCUGCUGUUCAUCUGCUGUCCAUUGUUCAGAACCAAUGUCAAGUCCUGUUCCCUGUGUGUGACCCGUGGAAUACCUAAGCCAUGUAUGUCUACAAUACUAGCUCUUCUUUAAUGCCGACACCCAAGACCACUCUUCCACUUGGUCAUUUCCGAACCUCCCCAGACCCUACAAUCAAAAAUGAGGAAGAGAAAAAGAGGAGCCAGUGGAAGAGCCCAUUCAAGUUAAGAGAAACACAGCACAUGUGUCGUCAUUGUCCCCUCCCUGUCCUCAGAGAUGCUGCGUGGGAUGUUUCCGAGACUUGCUUCCCUGUGAAUGUCUAAUGCUAGUUCAGGGCCUCCAGGCAUGGCUUUGUAUGGUGGCAGCUCCUGAUGGGGCUUCUGUCAUAGUUUGAUGUGCUUUCUCUGUCAUUAAAAGAAAUGA